AUGGUCCGCAUCACAUUCGCUGCCCUCUUGGCUUUCGCCGUCUCCAUCUCCGCCAUCGCCACCCCUAACGCCUCUGGUGCUCGCGACGUCGGAAACGGCCAGGGCAAGCAGUUCACCACGGGCGGAUGUGUCAACAACGCCGAUUGCCAGGAGGGAUGCUGUGCCAACAACAGCUUGGACGUGGGCAUCUGCUCGGGCAUCGGCGCUGAGUUCCAGAACGAUAAGCAAGGGUGUGGCUUUGUUGAUCCGAACGCGGCGAAGACGAUUGCGGCUGCCAAGGCGCAGGUUGCGAAGCAGGGAUUUUAA